AUGUAUUUCGACAGUGAGUCACCCGAGCCGUCAAGGACUAGCAAAUACAGAGAGCCGAGACUCCAGGGCACCCUCGCUAGGUCCAACUCAAAUCAGAUCCCCCAGUUCAUUCUAGAUCUCGAUAACGACUACAUCCAUGCAAACCGCCACAUAUUAGAAUUGCACGGCAACCCCAAGGAGGUCCUCUGCCACCAAGAAUCUCCACUUCGAAACUCUGUCCCAUUCAGCGUUCCAGAUGAUCUGUUCAAUGAAUUGUUUAUCGACAACACCAGGUUCUCAACACCUCGUCGGGGAUGGCAAAAUGCUCAGGAUAGGCUAUCCGAGAUCCUAGACUGCCCAGCAGCCCUUGAGUCAUGUGCAAGAUUUUACGUCGAUAUCUAUCGGCAUGAAUGCUACCCGUCUCUGCAGGGACCUGGAUCUCCUAAUUCCACGGCCGCCUCGGGAGGUGUAAUGAUUCACCCCAAUGUGACGAUUAAAUACCGAUAUAUGGGCGAAAAGCUCGUCCCAAUUGAUACACACAAUGAACUAGAAGAGCAAACCGAUGCCCCGACUGCUUUGGCGGACUUGUUUGUUGACGUUCUAACCUCCAUGCCCAACCUGCAGACAAUCGAAUGGAAAGGCCCUGAAGGGACUUUCCAAGGGGAAUAUUUUGAGAAAAUGUUCACCGAACGCCGGCUUUCGUUGCCAGCUGUCAAAAAUAUGCACCUGCGGUCAAAUUUUAUAUUCCUCGCCGCUAUGGCGCCCAACCUAGAGUCGCUAACAUACGAUCCGGUUCUGUCUCCACGUCAAUCGCAAGAAAGGUACCGGAAACAGGUGCUGGAAAUCAUAUCAGACCUACCAAGUUUGAAGAGCGUCCGACUGCAUUCUUCCUGGGACGAGCGUGAUUUCCUGGAACUGUACAAGGCAGUACCAAGAUUAGAAAGACUGGAAAUUGAUGGUAAGGUGGAUUUCGUGAGCUUUUAUUACUGGAGGUACCCAUCUUACCCAGAGGGACAUAAACUAAAAGCAAAUCCAUCGCACAUAGGAAUGCAUGUCGAGCCGUUGGAAGGAUAUGAUGUCGCCUACAUGGGGGUUCUUGGUGCUAAGUUCGGGAGAUAUGAGGCGUUCGGGCAUAUACAAAAAACGGAACAAGCUGCAAGAAUCGUUCUCAAGCAGUUGCCGAAUCUUGAAAGGCUUUGCAUUGGAGGAACAUGUACAAACCUGACCGAUGGCAAGGCGAUUCGUUGGCCUUGGUCUGGGCGCGUACGCGAAUACCUACUCAGCAAAUACGGCAGGUGGAACUCCGCGGUUCGGGGGAAAAUGCUGGUUGAGGAUCCCAAUGGGCCUGUUUUGCUCACAAGUGAAGAAGAUAAAAGAUGGUUAGAGGCUGGUAAAGAGCCUGGGGAUUUGGAACUCAUCAGGAUGGAUCGUGAUUCGUUGUUUGCUUGGAGCGCCAGGAACAGUUGCGAGAUCGUCAUUGAAUGA